AUGAUCUGGCUUCUGACACGUCAAGAGUCCUCACUGUCGAACUUCGCACUUUCAAAUGCACAACGAGCACUGGCUCAUACCGCAAACUCCAAAGGCGAAGUACAAGAACACCUCAGCCGUUUUGGCAGAGUCCAAUCCAUUUAUGAAUACAUCAGUCUACUCCACAAGAUCAUCAAAAUCCUCCCAAUCCUCUCGUCCAACCCAGAAGUCCUGGAUGUAUCACCCCCAGUCCUCUGGCACACAGACCUCCACCUCCACAACAUCUUCGUCGCCCCAGAUAACCCAACCACCAUCCAAGGCAUAAUAGACUGGCAGUCGACACGAUCUGCACCCUUAUUCACCCAAGCGCGGUUCCCGGAAUUCCUCAAACCCCCCAAGAACUAUAUCCCAGGAGCCCGGGUGCCACGCUUACCGGAUGAUUUCGAGGAACUGUCUCCAGAGCAAAAGGAAGAAGCAAAGAGGGACAACACUUUGGCGUCGCUGUCGAAAUACUAUGAGCUGGCUUGUCGGGGGUCUAACGAACCAGCGUAUAAUGGAAUGAGCCUUGAUCGGAGGCUUUGGGAGCCGUUUACCCCUUGUUCGCUUCCUGACUGUGGAAGUCUGGUUCCGCUGCGGAAUGCUUUGAUCCGACUUUCGCGAGGUUGGGACACCCUCGCAUUGCCCGGUAUUUGUCCGUUUGGAUUCACUGAACGGGAGUUGGAAAGGCAUGCGGAGCAGGAGGAACAAUAUAAUGACAUGCUUUAUCUGUGGGACACUGUGAAGACUGGGCUCUGUACAGAUAAUGCCGGAUGGGUGCCGAAUGAUAGAUGGGACGCUACGAAUGAGGUGAAUCGGGAUCUAUUUAACAUGUAUAUUGAGACUAUGAGUGAGGAGAUGUCACCGGAAGAGGCGGUAGCAAUGUGGCCGUUCCCACCUGUGCCGGUGACUCAAUGA